AUGGCCUAUCGAAUGCGAACCUUAGUAGCGACAUUUGUGCUCCUGCUCACAGUACUCGAGAAUGUCCACUGUGACGCACCGUUGGUCGAUUCGGCAGCACUGCCGCUCGAGCACAGAGCCGUGUACGGUCCGCCUGCACCAUCACCAGUAUACGGAACGCCUGGUUUGCUGAGUGGCGGCGGAGGUAGCGGUGGCCUCCUCGGAGGCGGCGGCGGUGGUGGUGGUGACGAUCCGUGGCCACUGUCCGCCUCGAACGACAGCCCGCAGAUCAAGCAUCUGCAGGUGCAGUGCGAGAAGACGCACAUGCGCGUCAACAUCGAGUUCGACCGGCCGUUCUACGGUAUGAUCUUCUCGAAGGGUUUCUACAGCGAUCCGCACUGCGUUCAUCUUAAGCCAGGCACUGGCCACCUGAGCGCCACCUUCGAAAUCUUCCUGAACAGCUGCGGCAUGUCCAGCUCGGCCAACCACAACGCUGCCAGCUUCGGUGGUCCGACACCGUCCGGUAGCUACGUCGAGAACACGAUCAUCAUCCAGUACGACCCGUACGUGCAGGAAGUCUGGGAUCAGGCUCGCAAGCUUCGUUGCACGUGGUACGACUUCUACGAGAAAGCAGUUACGUUCCGUCCGUUCCAAGUUGAUAUGUUGCACGCGGUUACGGCCAACUUCCUGGGAGAUAACCUGCAGUGCUGGAUGCAGAUCCAGGUCGGCAAGGGUCCGUGGGCGUCGGAGGUCUCUGGUAUCGUGAAGAUCGGUCAAACGAUGACGAUGGUACUCGCCAUCAAGGACGACGAGAACAAGUUCGACAUGCUGGUGCGCAAUUGCGUUGCUCACGAUGGCAAACGGGCUCCGAUUCAGUUGGUCGAUCAGCAUGGUUGUGUUGUACGGCCCAAGAUCAUGAGCAAAUUCCAGAAGAUCAAGAACUUCGGUCCUUCAGCGUCGGUGGUGUCGUUUGCCUACUUCCAGGCGUUCAAGUUCCCCGACUCGAUGAACGUGCACUUCCAGUGCGUGAUUCAGGUGUGCCGAUACAACUGUCCCGAGCCGAAGUGUGCCGGCGGAGACUACGGUCUUCCGGCGUUGACUGGCAACGGCAUCUCGGGUGAAUACGGAGCUCCAGGUGCUCUUAGCGGCGAGUACGGACCACCACAUCUGUCGGAGUAUGGCGUGCCACCAGCGGCUUACCCAGACCCGCGUCAUCCUUCAGAUGCAUCCGGAGCCUACUCCGAGAACCAGGACAGUGUGGUACCAGCACCUCAGGCUCAGACCUCCGCUAAUUCAGCCGAAAACAAAUCGGACGGCCCAGUGAACGCCAACGAUCGAAUUGAAGCGCAAUCGCAAUCCUCGAAUCCGACCUCGAACGACAUCCACGAUCACAUCAACAUGCCACCACCUCCACCACCGGGCCAGUCAGGCUACGUUACCGUCACCAAGCAGAAGAAGGACGAUGGACUGUCGGGCGACAACAGCGGCAACCUGGUGAGCCUCGGAGGACGACCACGAUCGGUUGAGGGCUUGGAUGACCUGCGUGGAGUGCGCCGACGACGAGACACCAUGUCGGUGGUGAUCCGACCGCGAAUCUACAAGCGAGACGCUCAAGAGAUGACAGAUGUCAACACCGAGCGCAUCAUUCAGGUGGUGGCACCGGGAGACGUCAACUUCGCGCUGAACAAUGCCUCAGGCAACGAGACGGUCGUGAUCCAAUCGCAGCGUACUGUCGAUCCCGAGACGAUCUGUAUGUCCGUGCCGAGCUUUGUCGGAGGCCUUGUGAUGCUGUUGCUCGUCCUAGCCGUGGCGUCGCUUGUGGCCGCCUUCCUGUUCGUGCGUGUGCGACACUUCGACCGGAAAGGUACGUCGUCUGCCAGUCGUCGACCACAUUUUGUACUGUCGGAGCUGUGGACCUAA